ACCUCCAGGAGAGUCUGUACUCCCAGUCAACCUUCUCAGGAUGCUGGGCCAACCGCUGCUCAGAGAAGGCCGGAAUCUGACCCUCCUGGCAUUGGGCCCAGUCUCCAUGGCAGCAGAGGAUUUAUUUCAGGCCUCCACCCAGCCUGGUGGACUUUGGACUCCAAGUCAGAGGAAAGACAACUGAACGCGGUUCCAGGAGCAAGGGGUGCCUGAAGAUGGCCAAGUUCCUUUCCCAGGACCAAAUUAAUGGGCCCAGGAAGCUCUGACGCAGGGCAGUGUCCAGCAGGCCACAAGCUUCUGAUACUCUGGCAAGGAUCCAAGAAAUAGUACAAAGAAUGCUUCUCCCUGUACGACAAGCAGCAGAGAGGGAAGAUUAAGGCCACAGAUCUUCUGGUGUCCAUGAGAUGCCUGGGGGCCAGCCCCACACCUGGGGAAGUACAGCGGCACCUGCAGACUCAUGGGAUAGACAAGCACGGAGAGCUGGAUUUCUCCACCUUCUUGACCAUUAUGCACACGCAAAUCAAACAAGAGGACCCAAAGAAAGAAAUCCUUCUUGCCAUGCUGAUGGCUGACAAGGAGAAGAAAGGUUACAUCAUGGCAUCUGAAUUGCGAUCAAAACUCAUGAAACUAGGAGAGAAGCUCACUCACAAAGAAGUGGAUGAACUUUUCAAGGAAGCGGGCAUCGAACCAAAUGGCCAGGUGAAAUAUGACACAUUUAUCCAGCGGAUCACUCUUCCUGUGCAAGACUACUGAGAGAGCUGAAGUCCAGGGAGAAGAGGAUGAGAGCUCCGGGGCCUGAAAACCUAGACUAUUUUUUAAAAGGGAAAUCUAGAGAUGGCAAACAUGGCAGUAAGACCACAUUGCAGGAUAUUAGUACCAAUAAAUGAUGUAGCCAU